CGAUGCGUAGUGGCUGCUGGAGCCGGGUGAGCUGAGGUGAGGGGGUUGAGAGCGGUCCGGCGCCAUUAUCAUUUGGACCGGGAAACAGUGAACGUCAGGAGGGACGCUCUCAGGCGAGGAGCGGGAGGUUGAGCGGACUUGUACACGAGGAGCCGGUGGGCAGCUAGUGAGCCGGGAGACCGCACUGUCCAGCACCCAGGGGAGGACCAGCCAGUCGUCCGGGAGGAGACUCCAUAUCCUGCGAGCAGAGGCCGCCUCAGCUGCCAGUCACCGGGAAGCAUGUCCUAUAAACCCAUCGCCCCAGCACCGUCAGGAAGCAACAGCGCCCCGGGCACCCCCGUGCCAGGAGCCGCGGUUUCAUCCCCAUCGGGAGCCAUUUCAGUCUCCUCCUUCCGACCCAUCUUCAGUGACUUUGGACCUCCUUCCAUGGGCUUCAUUCAGGGAGUGAAACCCGCUGUGUCACAGGCUGUCUCCCAGGGGACCUAUAGUGAUCUGUUGUCUGUUAUCGAAGAGAUGGGAAGGGAGAUCAGACCGACGUAUGCUGGGAGCAAAAGUGCAAUGGAGAGAUUAAAAAGAGGUAUCAUUCAUGCCAGGGCUCUUGUGAGAGAAUGCCUCGCCGAAACAGAACGCAAUGCACGUACGUGACCAUCCCCUGCCUCUGCACUUUGUUAAACACUUUCCACUUUUUAUAUAUAUAUAUAAGCAAAUAAAGUUACUCUUGUUGACA